AUGGAGCCUCAGCAUAUUGUCUCCAUUGACGAGCAUCACUCGAGGAAGGUUAUCAGAAUAGAAGAUCGGCCUACCAUUACCAGGGAGGAAAGGUUUAGACGUUUAACGGAGGCAGGAGUCCAAACGAGAGCGGCGGAACCGGCAAAAAUACAAAAGGUUAUAUUCUUGCUGCGAGAUCACAAGCAUUUCGUCAAGUACUUUGAGCCAAGAGUGGCAGCUGUUGGUCCUAUCCAUCAUGGCAAUCCAAAGUACCGACUAGGAGAGGAGUACAAGCUUGUGUUGGCGAGUAAGUUCGUCGACCGUAGCGGGAAACGUAUAAAUCUUUUGUAUGAGGAGGCUGAGAUGGAAAUCAAGCAGUUGAGGGGAUGCUUCGAGGAGGAGGUGACGAAGAAUUAUGAUGAUGAGGCUCUCACUUGGAUAUUGUUCGUGGACGGCUGUGCAAUACUACAAUACAUAUUCUGUGCUGCAAAUAACAAGUUUGAAGAGUUGAAUAUAAAAAUCGACAGCGUAGCCUUCGCUCAACAGGAUUUGUUCUUGCUGGAGAACCAAGUUCCCUAUUGUCUCCUCAAGUUAUUGAUGAACUUGAGCGGGAACGAAGACGAGUUGAGUAAGUCAAUUGAACGUUUCAUUGAAAGCGUUACUUAUCAACAAACGACGCCGCAACAAAAAGGAGAAAGCUCUGGCUCGCAGCCGAAACAGCCGAAACAGCCGACCCAUCUUCUCGACCUUCUCAGAACAAGACUCUUGGGUCCUCUGGGAUCCUCAAAAUCCGAUCCACCCUCCGGAAAGACACGUGGAAUAUGGCCAUGUAGAAAGAAAGGCAAAGAGGAUCCAGAUUGGCAAUCGUAUCGCAAUGUGCAGGAGCUUAAAUCAGUAGGAAUCAAAUUGCAACCUAGCAAGAAUAAUAGUAACUUGAGAAACAUAAGUUUUACUAGAAAACUCGGUUUCUUCCCUGGAUACCUAUGGCUUCCUCCAAUUACGGUGGACGACUCAACGGGCCCCAAAUUCAUGAACUUGAUAGCAUACGAAAUGUGCCUAGAUUUCGAGAACGACUUCGGCAUCAGCUCUUACAUAUCCUUAUUAGAUUCACUCAUUGAUGAAGCCAACGAUGUAAAAGAUCUAAGGAAAGCACAAGUACUCCACAAUUUCCUCGGCAGCGACCAAGAAGUGGCUGACCUCUUCAAUGAGAUAGGCACCGACGUGGUGCCUAAUGCGGAUGCGUAUAAGGAUGUAAAGAGGCAUAUUCAGGAGUACUACAAAAUCCCUUGUAUGACCUGGAUGGCUCAAGUCUAUCACAAUCAUUUCAGCAGCCCUUGGACUUUCCUUGCUUUCUUGGGCGUAUUAUUGGGACUUGGUCUAACUGCCGCUCAAACUUGGUACGCAGUGAAGGCCUCUCACCCUGGACCCUGCGAAAAAUUCUGCAAGCUGAAAUUAAAGGAAACUUAA